AGGCAGUAACCUCAGCUGGUUGGUUAAUCAUUAGCAAAAAGGAAAGAGCAGCGGAGGUCAGGACUGGCCAAACCACAGAGACGGACUUGAAGCAGGGAGAGAGCUCCUGGAAGAGGCAAGAUGUGAUCUUACCUGGUGUUAACCUCUUUCUCAUAUUAACUUUUCCUUGGGACGUAAAGCAAGAUGACUCUUUUCUGUUCCCAGACAUUUGUCUAAAUAAAGCCCUCUUAAUUUUGUUUUUGCUGUGGGAUUCCUAAGCAGACCAGAAGAAAAGGCAUCUUCCCUGAGCGGCUGCCCAGCUCCUGCUCAGUUUUGCUGUAGGGCAGCCGCUCUGGCCACAAAAAGCAAGCAGGUGAGUGUCCCCAAGCGGGGCUCGCCGCAGGCAGAUCUGCCCCAUUGUUGUGAAACAGGGCUUUGCACGCUCUCCGAAGCCAGGGGAAUUGGUGCUGACUUCCAAGUUGCCCGGUGGAAGAAGAGAGUGGAUCUGCAGAGACUGAAAGGAGAGGGAGAAGCCCCUCUCCUCUCCUCCCUCCCAGGGCACAAUGGGCAACAUUUGUGUGAGGUUCUUGACGUACUUGAAGCCCUGUCUCCCAUGCCUGUUCCAGGAGGCCGACAAGCCGAUGGUGAUUGAGAACCCAGUGGCCCGCUGCUCCCCUGAUGCUUGCAGGUCACAGAGUCAGGAGCUCAGGAGAAGCCGUGGUCACCACUUUGUGGCUCUGUUUGAUUACCAGGCUCGGACUGCAGAGGACCUGAGCUUCCUCGCGGGCGACAAGCUCCAAGUCCUGGACACUUCCCAGGAGGGCUGGUGGUUCGCCAGGCACUUGGAGAAAAGGGUAGAUAGCUCUGGGCAGCUGCUGCAGGGCUAUAUUCCUUCUAACUAUGUGGCUGAGGACAGGAGCCUGCAGGCAGAGCUGUGGUUCUUUGGAGCAAUCAAGAGAACAGAUGCAGAAAAACAACUAUUAUAUUCAGAAAACCAGACUGGUGCCUUUCUAAUCAGAGAGAGUGAAAGCCAGAAAGGAGAUUUCGCCCUUUCAGUUUUAGAUGAAGGGAUUGUGAAACACUACAGGAUCAGAAGACUGGAUGAAGGGGGGUUUUUCCUUACCCAGAGAAGAAUCUUUUCAACACUGAAUGAAUUUGUGAGCCAUUACACCAAGACAAGGGAUGGCCUGUGUGUCCAGCUGGGAAAACCAUGCUUAAAGGUACAAGUACCAGCGCCUUUUGAUUUGUCUUACAAAACCGUGGACCAGUGGGAGAUAGACCGCAACUCCAUACAGCUUCUGAAGCGAUUAGGAUCUGGUCAGUUUGGUGAAGUAUGGGAAGGCCUAUGGAACAACACCACUCCAGUAGCAGUAAAAACAUUAAAACCAGGUUCAAUGGAUCCAAAUGACUUCCUGAGGGAGGCACAGAUAAUGAAGAACCUAAGACAUCCAAAGCUUAUCCAGCUUUAUGCUGUUUGCACUUUAGAAGAUCCAAUUUAUAUUAUUACAGAGUUGAUGAGACAUGGAAGUCUGCAAGAAUAUCUCCAAAAUGAUGCUGGAACAAAAAUCCACCUGACCCAGCAGGUAGACAUGGCAGCACAGGUUGCCUCUGGAAUGGCUUAUUUGGAGUCUCAGAACUACAUCCAUAGAGAUCUGGCUGCCAGAAAUGUCCUUGUUGGUGAACAUAAUAUCUACAAAGUUGCAGAUUUUGGACUUGCAAGGGUUUUUAAGGUAGAUAAUGAAGACAUCUAUGAAUCCAAACACGAAGUAAAGCUGCCAGUGAAGUGGACUGCACCUGAAGCCAUUCGUGCUAAUAAAUUCAGCAUUAAGUCUGAUGUGUGGUCAUUUGGAAUCCUUCUUUAUGAAAUCAUUACUUAUGGCAAAAUACCUUAUAGUGGCAUGACAGGUGCUCAGGUAAUCCAGUUGUUGGGUCAAAACUACAGACUCCCUCAACCACCUAACUGUCCACAAGAAUUCUACAACAUCAUGUUGGAAUGCUGGAAUGGAGAGCCUAAGGAACGGCCAACCUUUGAGACACUGCACUGGAAACUUGAAGACUAUUAUGAAACAGAAUUUUCAUAUUCAGAGGCAAAUAACUUCAUCAGAUGAACAUGGAAAGGAACAUUAAAUAAUGAAGUAGCAAAAAAGUUCAAUAAUCAGUCCAGAAAUAAAGCUUAUUAAUCAACUGUGAAAAGAGCUUACCUUGACACAUUCAAGUGAUAGGGUCAACUUGGCCAUGUAUUAUGAAAAAGAUUAUAUGUUCAUUUUAUCGACUGGCCCACACUGCUGGAUAGUCUAUGAUGAUAUUUUAUCACUGUCUGGCAAAAUCAAGCACACUAAAUCCAGUUAUUUUUCUUUUUUAAAAAUACUUACAUUUGUAUUUAUUGUUUGAAUCACCUAUCAAGAGGAUCAACAGAUGAUAGUCAAUUUUUACUCAGUGACUGUUGUAGCAUUUUCCUGUUUACUGAUUAAAGUGGUUAUUCAUUAUUCCUCGGUUUGCUGAAUCCCAUCAGAAUGUUAUUAUGAAGGAAUCUGAUUGCUUUGCUGCACAGCAGGACCUGUGCUUUGAGAUUUUUUUUUCUCUUUUAAAAUAUCCUGUAACUACAAUGAUGGUAAAGCCAUGUUAAAUGACUUGAUUGUACUUGGAGUAAUUGCACAUAUUUUUUUUUUCCUAUGCAUAAAAUAAUGAAGCAGCUGUUGAGAAAAAGAAUUAAAAUUUCUCUCAUUUUGUAGAAGGAAA